AUGGAGAUAGCCUUGGUGAGUUUGGAGAACGGAGGCGCGAGAGGGAGCGCGAACGAUGCCGGGGAAGGCUGUGGCGGCGCGCGCGAGCGCUACAAGGAUGAGAGUGUCAAGGAGCUGAACCUGGAGCCGAGCGCGUGGAGAAUGAACGACAUGAGCGACACGUUCAGCUGCGCCGAGAGCGCCGUGGAUGCGCUGCUGCGCGCCGACCGCGUCCCUCACCUCUUUGACGAGGACCUGUCGGACGUAGUGGACGUGAUGGACAACGUGGAUCAUGACGGGAGCAACGAACGCGUGCUCAUUAACAUCGCGGGGCUGAGGUACGAGACGCAGCUGGGCACCCUAAACCAGUUUCCUGACACCUUGUUGGGAGACCCAGACAAAAGGAUCAAGUACUUUGACCCACUUCGGAAUGAGUACUUCUUUGACCGGAACCGGCCAAGUUUCGAUGGGAUCCUGUACUUCUACCAGUCAGGAGGGAAAAUCCGGAGGCCGGUCAAUGUGUCUAUAGAUGUAUUUGCUGAUGAAAUACGGUUCUACCAACUGGGUGAAGAGGCUAUGGAGCGUUUCCGUGAAGAUGAGGGCUUCAUAAAGGAGGAAGAGAAACCCCUACCACUCAAUGAGUUCCAGAAACAGGUGUGGCUUAUUUUUGAGUACCCCGAAAGCUCGAGUCCUGCCCGUGGCAUCGCCAUUGUAUCAGUGAUUGUCAUCACCAUAUCCAUCAUCACUUUCUGCCUAGAGACGUUGCCUGAGUUUAGGGACGAGAGGGAGCUUCAAGCAGCGAGCAGGACAGCUGCCAACUCCACUUUACAAGCUCGCCCUUCUCUCACUUUCUCCGAUCCCUUUUUUGUUGUUGAAACCACCUGUGUGAUUUGGUUCACCUUCGAGCUUAUCGUCAGGUUCUUUGCCUGCCCCAGCAAGUCAGAGUUCUCCAAAACUGUCAUGAACAUCAUAGACAUCAUGUCCAUCAUGCCAUACUUUAUCACUGUAGGGACGGAGCUGGUGGAGCAACAGUAUGGUCAGGAUCAUGACAAUGGACCACAGCAGCAGCAGCAGGCCAUGUCACUGGCCAUCUUGCGAGUUAUUAGACUAGUGAGGGUGUUUCGCAUCUUUAAGCUCUCACGCCACUCUAAAGGUCUUCAGAUCUUGGGGCAGACUCUAAAGGCCAGCAUGAGAGAGCUAGGCCUCCUUAUCUUCUUCCUUUUUAUUGGUGUGAUUCUUUUCUCAAGCGCUGUGUACUUUGCUGAGGCUGACGAGCCUGAGUCGCAUUUCUCCAGUAUCCCAGACGCCUUCUGGUGGGCUGUAGUUACAAUGACCACCGUGGGUUAUGGUGACAUGAGGCCUGUAACAGUUGGUGGAAAAAUUGUAGGUUCAUUGUGCGCCAUCGCUGGUGUGUUGACCAUUGCACUGCCAGUGCCUGUGAUCGUAUCCAACUUCAAUUAUUUCUACCAUCGAGAGACUGACCAGGAACAAGCUGCACUCAAGGAUGAACCCUCCAAUGAUGUCCAUGGAUGCAGCAGGUCACCUCCCAAUUCCGCAGGAGAUAUAGAAAGUCAGGACACACCAGUGGGAAAGGCUAACAUUAAAGCAAACAGCAGCACAGACAUUAAAGGUUCCCUCUAUGCGUUUUGCCUAGACACAAGGGAAACAGACUUGUAG